AUGAAUCACGCGCCGCCGGGCUUCCGCUUCACGCCGACGCGUGAAGAGCUCAUCCGCUACUACCUCGACCCCUGGGUGGCCGACCCGGGAAAGACGCCGGUCGCCGAGAGCCAGGGCAUCAUAUGCGUCGCCGACAUCUACGGCGAGGACCCGGCCGCCCUCACCUCGCGGCACCGGCGCUUCGGCCACGACGACGGCAACUGGUACUUCCUCUGCAUCUCGCGGUGGAAGGGUAACCGCGCAGGCGGCCGGACCAGCCGCACCGUCCGGGGCGGCGGCACGUGGCACGGGUACGGCAAGCGGGUCGCCGUCCCUGAGGCCGGGUACCGGCAGGCCUUCGAGUACCUCGACGCACGAGGACGCAAGACCGCGUGGCUCAUGGAGGAGUUCGGGACCGUGCUGCCGGCGGCCACCUGUGCCGACGGCGUCAGGGUGCUCUGCAGGGUGCACCAGACGACGAGGACGGUGGCGGAUGACGACGUGGAGGAGCGCGGGGAGUCCAGCAAGGCCGCCCGGUCUUCUAAGAGGCGGCGCCGCAUCGCCGCAGAUGCAAAGGAUGAGCAGAAGCCAUUGGAGAUGCUUGCCAUGGAGGACAAGUCGGAGCCAUUGGAGAACGUCUUGGCCAAGGACGAAGCAGACUCAUGGGAGAUCCUUGCCAUGAAGGACAAGGCAGAGCCAUGGGAGAUGAUUACCAUGGACGAGCCAUCUCCACUGCAAAUGCUUACCAACAACUUGACAUGUCCACAGGAAAUGCUAACCAACAACUUGACAUUGCCACAGGAGAUACUUACCAACAACCUGCCAUGGCCACUGGAGAUGCUAACCAGCAGCCUUCCAUGGCCACUGGAGAUGCUCACCAACAACUUGACAUUGCCAUUGGAGAUGCUUAGCAAGAACUUGACAUUGCCAUUGGAGAUGCUUACUAACAACUUGGCAUUGCCAUUGGAGACCCUUACCAAGAACUUGCCAGAGCCAGCCGAGACCGUUACCAAGAACUUGCCAUCUCCAUUGGAGAUCCUUGGCAAGAACUUGCCAAAGUUGGACAUCCUUACCAAAGAGGAACCCACCACGACGACGACAACCUUCGAUCAAGACUCCGGCGCGGCGAACAAAGAAGCCACCCCUAACGCGGAGAUGGAGAUGCCGGCCGAUGCAGAGUGGCACUCACACUACCCGGAACUGUUCGAGCAGAAAGAGCCUCCGCCCAUGGAAGACGUCAUGAAGCCUCUGCCGUCGCCGACGGUCCAAGAAUUCGAGCAGGGAGCCCCUCCGGCGGCGGUUGUCGAAGAAUUCGGCGGGGUUGCUUGGGGUUGGGGAGGACAUGGCCGGCGCUGCUUGGUGAGGCCUAUGUCGUUAGCUUGGAUACUACCUGGUUUUUGA